GUUGUUUUGUGUCACUUUUUGCCCUUUUGUGCCUCCUAUAUGGUGUUCAUGUCAUUUUGUGUCUCGUUUUUGUUGGUUUGCGUCUAAUUUUUGAACUUUUGUUUCUCAUUUUGGUCAUUCUGUGUGCCGUUUGCAUGGUUUUGUGUGUCUUUUUGUUUUUUGCUUUACGUCACAUUUUUGCCCUUUUAUGACUCCUUCAUGGCGUUUACAUGUUAUUUUGCAGUGUUUUUUUCUUUUUUGCAUCUAAUUUUUGCACUUUUGUGUGUUGUGUGCAUAGUUUCGUGUGUCAUUUCAGUUUUGUGUCUCAUUUUUGUCCUUUUGUCUCUUUUUGCAUCUAUUUUUAGUCCGUUUGUGUCUCCUUUAUGGUGUUUUAUAUGUUGUUUGCAUCAUUUUGCAUUGUUUUUGUUGUUUUGCAUGUAAUUUUUGUAGUUUUGUGUCUUGUUUUUGUCAUUUUGUGUCUCGUUUGCAUAGUUUUGUGUCUCUUCUUGGUUGUUUUGUGUCACAUAUUUGUCCCUUUGUGUCCUUUUUUUGCAUUUUUUCUCUGGUUUAUGGCAUUUUGCAUCUUGUUUUUGUCAUGUGUCUCGGUUUUGUUGUUUUGCAUUUAAUUUUUGUACUCUUGUUUCUCGCUUGUGUAGUUUUGUGUUACAUUUUUGUCCUUGUGUGUCUGUUUUUUGGCAUUAUAUGUCGUUUAUGUGAUUUUGUAUCAUUUCAAUCGUGUUUUCUUUGUGUCAUUCUGUCAUUUUUUUGUUCUUUUGUGUCUCCUUGAUGGUGUUUUAUGUGUCAUUUGUGUCAUUUUGCGUCUUGUUUUUGCUGUUUUGCAUCUAAUUUUUGCAGUUUUGGGUUUUGUUUUUGUCAAUUCAUUUGCGUGGUUUUGUGUUGUUUUGAGCCACAUUUUUGUCUUUUUAUGUCUCAUUUGUGUCGUUUUACAUUAUUUUUAUCAUGUUGGGUCUUUUUUGGGUCAUUUUGUGUGUCAGUUUUGUUGUUUCAUGUCACAUUUUUGGUCGUUUGUGUCCCCUUUCUGGCGUUUUAUGUUUCAUUUUUCCUUUAUGUCUCAUUCAUGCCAUGUUGUGUCUGGUCUUUGUUGUUUUUUGUCUCUUUUUGGUCGUUUUGUGAUGUUUUCUGUCAUAUUUUUGUCCUUUUGUGUCUGCUUUGUGGGUUGUUAUGUCUUGUUUGUGUAAUUUUGCGUUGUUUUUGUCGUAUUGGGGCGCUUUUGCAUCAUUUUUGUCAUGUUAUGUCUGUUUUGUGUCACAUUUGUGUUUGCUUUAUGACCUGUAAUGACUGUUUAUGUCUCAUUUGUGUCAUGUUGUGUCUCAUUUUUGCUGUUUGCAUCUAAUUUUAGUACUUUUGUUUCUCGUAGUUGUCAUUUUUUGUCUUGUUUUUGUAGUUUUGAGUGUCUUUUUGGUUAGUUGUUGUCUUCUUUGGUAUUUAAUGGCUCAUUUGUGUCAUUUUGCUUCUUGUUUUUGUCAUGUGGGUCUUCUGCAUGUCAUUUGUGUUUUGUAUCUAAUUUUUGUGCCUUGUUUACAUGAUUUGUGUCUCUUUUUGUGCUUUUGUGUCUCAUUUAGGUGGUUUUCUGUCUCGUUUUGGUCAUUUUGUGUGUCCUUUACAUGGUUUUAUGUUUCUUUCUGGUCGUUUGGUGGCGUUUUGUGUCUCUUUUCUGUCAUUUUGUGUAUCUCAUUUGUGUCAUUUUGCAAUAAAACAGCUUUUAUUGGAUAGGCACAGUGAAGACAGACAGGUAACAGGGGAGAAGAGUUGGGGGAACAAGGGCCGUGUCUCAAGUAUGUGGUUUUGUGUUUCUUUUUGGUCAUUUUGUGUCUGGUUUAAGUGGUUUUGUGUCUCUUUUCUCAUUUUGUGUCUUGUUUACAUGAUUUUGUGUCACAUUUCAUCCAUUUUUAGCUGCCAGUGUGAUGAUAAAGAAAGAACGCAUUAAAGAUUCAGAUUUGAGGACUUCUACGAUGGAUCGAUGCGUCUGCUGCACAAAUCUUCCUUUAGUGGCCACAUAAUGAAAGAUAAUGAAGAUCCUGCAGAACUAACGUCGUCUGGAACCGCCCUGAUCUGAUUUAUGUCUUCUACAGCUCCAUGGAUCAUUCAGUGAAUCUGAGCUGCUUCUGAUGUGAAACAAAGUGUAGCUUCACUUCAUUCUGCUGUCAGGAUCCCAUUAGGCUGCAGAUAAUGCAGCAGAAAUCAACUUAAGGCUCCAGUUCUGCUUCCUGACCAGAUUAAUCUGGGAAGCCUCCAGCGAUCGGCUGAGGAGGAGCAGAGUUUACAAUGAGACGAGGAAAACAGGGUUAGGGAGAGAAAAUCUCAUCCAGAUAACAGCUUCUGUUUCAUCGUCACGGCGACAGCAGAGGUCGUCCCUCCUAUUAUGGGAUGUCAGUGUGGAGGUCAGAAGGUUAAACGUCCAAUCAGCUGCUUAAACCUCCUGAAAAGCAAAGUCCUAAUAAAGCAGAUCGAUAGAUUUUGAUGAUUCGACAGCAGCUGCAGAUUUAAGCCUCCAAGAAGAGAAAAAGCCUCAGGUUUUAAAUGUCCAACGUCCAGAAAGACGGAGGAAAAGUUCAGGUUCUAAACGUCCGGAAGGACGGAGGAAAAGUUCAGGUUCUAAACGUCCGGAAGGACGGAGGAAAAGUUCAGGUUCUAAACGUCCAGAAGGACGGAGGAAAAGUUCAGGUUUUAAACGUCCGGAAAGACGGAGGAAAAGUUCAGGUUCUAAACGUCCGGAAGGACGGAGGAAAAGUUCAGGUUUUAAACGUCCGGAAAGACGGAGGAAAAGUUCAGGUUUUAAACGUCCGGAAGGACGGAGGAAAAGUUCAGGUUUUAAACGUCCGGAAGGACGGAGGAAAAGUUCAGGUUCUAAACGUCCGGAAGGACGGAGGAAAAGUUCAGGUUCUAAACGUCCGGAAGGACGGAGGAAAAGUUCAGGUUCUAAACGUCCGGAAAGACGGAGGAAAAGUUCAGGUUCUAAACGUCCGGAAAGACGGAGGAAAAGUUCAGGUUCUAAACGUCCGGAAGGACGGAGGAAAAGUUCAGGUUUUAAACGUCCGGAAGGACGGAGGAAAAGUUCAGGUUCUAAACGUCCGGAAGGACGGAGGAAAAGUUCAGGUUCUAAACGUCCGGAAGGACGGAGGAAAAGUUCAGGUUCUAAACGUCCGGAAGGACGGAGGAAAAGUUCAGGUUCUAAACGUCCGGAAGGACGGAGGAAAAGUUCAGGUUCUAAACGUCCGGAAGGACGGAGGAAAAGUUCAGGUUCUAAACGUCCGGAAGGACGGAGGAAAAGUUCAGGUUUUAAACGUCCGGAAGGACGGAGGAAAAGUUCAGGUUUUAAACGUCCGGAAGGACGGAGGAAAAGUUCAGGUUCUAAACGUCCGGAAGGACGGAGGAAAAGUUCAGGUUCUAAACGUCCGGAAGGACGGAGGAAAAGUUCAGGUUCUAAACGUCCAGAAGGACGGAGGAAAAGUUCAGGUUUUAAACGUCCGGAAGGACGGAGGAAAAGUUCAGGUUCUAAACGUCCGGAAGGACGGAGGAAAAGUUCAGGUUCUAAACGUCCGGAAGGACGGAGGAAAAGUUCAGGUUCUAAACGUCCGGAAGGACGGAGGAAAAGUUCAGGUUUUAAACGUCCGGAAGGACGGAGGAAAAGUUCAGGUUUUAAACGUCCGGAAGGACGGAGGAAAAGUUCAGGUUCUAAACGUCCAGAAGGACGGAGGAAAAGUUCAGGUUCUAAACGUCCGGAAGGACGGAGGAAAAGUUCAGGUUCUAAACGUCCGGAAGGACGGAGGAAAAGUUCAGGUUUUAAACGUCCGGAAGGACGGAGGAAAAGUUCAGGUUCUAAACGUCCGGAAGGACGGAGGAAAAGUUCAGGUUCUAAACGUCCGGAAGGACGGAGGAAAAGUUCAGGUUCUAAACGUCCGGAAGGACGGAGGAAAAGUUCAGGUUCUAAACGUCCAGAAGGACGGAGGAAAAGUUCAGGUUUUAAACGUCCGGAAGGACGGAGGAAAAGUUCAGGUUCUAAACGUCCGGAAGGACGGAGGAAAAGUUCAGGUUCUAAACGUCCGGAAGGACGGAGGAAAAGUUCAGGUUCUAAACGUCCGGAAGGACGGAGGAAAAGUUCAGGUUUUAAACGUCCGGAAGGACGGAGGAAAAGUUCAGGUUCUAAACGUCCGGAAGGACGGAGGAAAAGUUCAGGUUUUAAACGUCCGGAAAGACGGAGGAAAAGUUCAGGUUUUAAACGUCCGGAAAGACGGAGGAAAAGUUCAGGUUUUAAACUCCAACAUCCAGAAAGAUGGAGGAAAAGUUCAGAUUUUAAACGUCCAGAAAGAUGGAGAGAGUCGAAGGAAAGAGUCCAAAAAAUAAAAUAAAAAUCACUUAAAUCCAGAAAAACUGUUCAGAAUUAUGUGUGGUAGAACCCAGGCGCAGUCACCAACAGGCAGACAACAGGUGUUAAAGGCGAAAAGGGGGUUUCAUUGAAUUAAAAUCAAAAACUAUUAUCAACUAAGGACAGGACUAUGGGGGCAGCGCAAAGCCAAACAACACUAUAGAAAAACCAGAAACACCGAGCUACUGAAAGGUACUCACUGAAUGACCAACGCAAACAA